AUGUCCAAAGUCAUCACUCUAAACGACGGCUCCAAGAUGCCAGCUAUUGCAUAUGGCGUCGGAACAGCCCAUAACCCCAAGUUCAGACAAGUCUUUGGACUCCCCGACUUUGAUAGCACGCAGCUCAUCGUAGAAGCACUCAACAUGGGAUACCGCCACAUUGAUACCGCAGAGCAGUACAACAAGGAUGAUGAACUAGCUGCUGCUCUCAAAAAGGUCAACAUUCCACGCAAAGACCUCUUCAUCACGUCCAAAGCCGACUGCAACAAUGGGCUGUCCGUCGAUGAAGCUCUCACCCAGCAACUCGCUAGACUGGAUCUAGAGUACUUUGACCUCUACCUUAUUCAUAACCCACGAUUCGCAAAGAAUGACAAGGACAUACAGGAGAAGUGGAAGGAGAUGGAAACUGUUCACCGGUCCGGUCGCGUAAAGUCAAUUGGUGUGUCAAACUUUACAAAGGCACAGAUACAGCCUAUUCUGGAGGUAGCUACCAUCCCACCAACAGUGAAUCAGGUCGAGUGCCAUGUUUACGAGCAGCACGGCGACCUCGUUUCCUGGAUGAAGAGUGAGGGUAUUGUAACUUCGUGUUAUAGCUCGCUUGCACCUAUUAUUAGAGGACGACCUGGUCCUGCUGAUGACAAGUUUGGGGAGUUGGCUGCCAAGUAUGGCGUGAAGGAUGGUGACAUUGCGAUGAAGUGGUGUUUGGAUCAGGGGUUAGCAGUGGCUACUACGGGGAAGAGUUUGGAUAGACUGAAGGGAUAUCUGGAGAAGUUUGACAAAUUCGAGUUGACUGAUGAGGAGAUUGGGGGAAUUCGGGAGCUUGGAUUGCAGAAGGAGUUUUCGAAUUAUAUGCAGAUUGGUGGCGGGCCGCAGUUUUAG